AUGGGUUUAAGUGAUCAUAUUCAGAAAGUAAUCGAUAAUAAUCGGGAGAAACUUACUAAUGAUUUAUCUGUCAAACACCUCUUAAUUGAUUUAAAUACUAAGAAAGUCUUGAAUUAUGAUGAAAUGGAUGAACUGGAAGAUAUAAAACCAGAAAAGAAACAGAAUGCGAAAUUUCUUCGUUUUCUGGAGCGAAAAGAAGAUAGGGAUUUUGAUAAAUUCUGUGAAGUAUUGCAAGGAAAUCAAGCCUCAGCGCUUCAAAAUUUAGGUCUUAAACUGAGAAAUGAAGCUUGCGGUGAUUCAACUGCCCAAGGCCAAGAUUCACAUGAUGGGGUUGGAGCCGUAAAAAAUAUAGAAACACCUGGUGAUUAA